AUGGCCGACGUCCAGAGCGCCACUUCGCAGGUCACCAAUGACCCGAAGACCUCGGCCGAGUCCGCGUCCGGUGCCGCCGGCACCAAGGACACCAAGGACAAAGAUCCCGAGGCCGAGAAGAAGGAGCAGGACAAGAAGCUGGCGCAGCAAAUCACCACGGCGCUGGAGCGCUGCCUCGACAAGGUCAAGCCCAUCUGCGACAUGAUCACCCAGAAGAUGGAGGCCGCCGACCGCCAGCCCAAGGACGAGCUCGACGAGGAGGGCCUCGUCAAGGAGGUCAAGCCCCUGAUCGAAGAGGGCGGCAAGAUCCUGACCGAGGCCAACGGCGUCGUCCGCGGCCUCGACCCGGACGGCCGCAUCCAGUCCCAGGCCAAGCACCACGCCGCCACCCACGAGGCCACGCCCGAAGAGUACCACCUCGCCGACGUGCUCAAGGAGCUGACCGGCAAGGUCACCACCACCAUCGACGGCGCCAAGAAGAAGCUCGAGAACAUGCCCAAGGCCAAGAAGGAGCUCAACCCACUCUGGGGCCUCCUGUCCGAGCCCCUCGCCCAGAUUCUCGCCGCCGUCGGCCUGCUCCUCAGCGGCGUCCUCGGCCUCGUGGGCAAGCUGCUCGGCGGUCUGGGCCUGGGCGGACUCGUGGACAACCUGCUGGGCGGGCUGGGCCUCAACAAGAUUCUCGACAGCCUCGGCCUGGGCUCCGUGACGAGCUCUCUGACGGGAAAGAAGUAG